GAGGGCAACAGUUUUCUGGUGUUGGACGAGCAGCAUUUUGCCAAGGAGAUCCUCCCCAAGUUCUUCAAGCACAACAACAUGGCCAGCUUCAUCAGGCAGCUGAACAUGUAUGGAUUUCGCAAAGUGAUGCACAUUGACACAGGCAUUGUGAAACAGGAGAGAGACGGUCCGGUGGAGUUUCAGCACCCCCACUUCAAACAUGGCCAGGACAGCCUGCUGGAGAACAUCAAGAGGAAGGUCACUAACUCACUUGUUUGAUUGUUAUUGUGUACAUUUGAUUGUAACUAGGGAUGCGCCCAUGUCAAGUACCCAGCCGGUAUUUUGCUGUUUCUUUUUAUGUUGGUUUAUUUUCCGAUUUUACAAAUACAUAUUUUUUAUUUAUAAAAAAAAAGCCAUCAUCAAACUAACUGAAUGAGCAAACAUUCCUUGAGCCUGUUAAACUCCUAUCUGCUCAAUGAGAAGAUUCUAAUUAUUUAUAUAUAUAUAUAUAUAAUUAUAGUCAUAAUCCAUUAUU